AUGGACACCACUUCUUUGGCCAUCGAAUCAUGGGUCCUCUUCUCUCUGGGCGUCGUCGUGGUCGGCUGCCGCAUUGCCUCGCGCCGAAUCAAGCUGGGCAAAUGGAGAGCCCUCAUGAUUGACGACUAUCUCAUGAUCUUUGCUCUAAUCAACUUCACCGGCGUCGUCGUCACCAUCAACGAGGUUGCCAAGAAUGGCAGCAACUACAUGCCUCCCAAGGCCGCCGCCGUCCUCUCCCCGGCUGAAGUCCAGAGAGCCGUCUACGGCAGCAUCAUGACCUUUGUCCUCGAAAUCUUUACCCUCACCGCCAUCUGGACAGUCAAGGCCUGCCUCUUGAUUCUCUACGCCCGACUGACAAACACGUUGACAAGGCAGCACACACUCGUCAAGAUUGCCGCCGUGUACUGCGCCGUCACGUACCUGGUCGUUGUCUUCAUGUUCAUCUUCUUCUGGUGCAGCCCGACCCACGAGUACUGGGCGGUACCCGUCAAGAUCAUGCAAUGCGCAACCUACUACCACCACAUGAUAUUCGCGACGGCCUGCAACAUCUCGUCCGACCUCUUGCUUCUCUUUAUUCCGAUUCCCAUCAUCAUCAAGACACGCUUGGCGGUCAAGAGGAAGGUUAUUCUCUGCUGUAUUCUGGGCCUGGGUGUGUUCAACAUUCUUGCCUCGAUCCUCAACCGCUACUACAACUUCAGCACGCCAAACUCGUACGUCUUCUUGUACUGGUAUGUCGCCGAGGUCGGCAUCGCCGUCAUGGUCGGCAACCUACCCUUGUGCUGGCCCAUCCUGCGGCUGGCGCUGGGGAACACCGAGAUCUCCAAAACGCCUUCAUACCACGGCGAUACCAUCAGCGGCAGCGCCCGCAAGAAGCGGCCCAGGAACCCGCUGGGCACAAUGGGCACCACCGUCAUGGGUACCAACUGGGACAAGCUCGAGGAUCAAGAAUGCGCCGGGGCGGCGAGCGAGGGGUCGCCAUCUCAGCCCGUCGGUUCGGACCAUGGGAGCCAGAUCGAACUGGUGCUGCAGGGACACACGCACAAUCACCACCACCACGCAGCUGUGAGUGCCGAUAGAGGCGAGGAACCUGAAAUGCAGCAGCCUUGCCCGGCGCGGGUGGCGGACUCGACGAGCAGCGGCGGCGGCGGCGACAAGAUCAUGGUGUUUACGACGGUGGACGUGUCGUCGGAGUCGCCGCGGUGA